AUGCACCAUGUUCAUGUCUCAACUGGACAUUGCUCUACUAUAAAAAAUGGCAUGAUCUACUAUAAAAAGAAUGGUAUGGUCUACAUACCUACCUGGGGAAGUCCUGAUAACCAUUGCCGGAAAUUUUCAACGAUAGAGUCGAGAGAGGAAGCUGAAGUCAUGAGCUGUUUGCGAAGGUGA